UGGCUGGAGCGAGCGCGCCUGCGCCCUGGGCAGCCUUUUCUAAAGUUCACGUGUCUCGAAAACCGGACUGCAGGUCUCUCCUUGCGGCCGCGGCGCGAGAGCAGAGUACGAACUGCUGCUGCCGGAGUCAUGGCAGGACAGGCAUUUAGAAAGUUUCUCCCCCUCUUUGACCGAGUAUUAGUUGAAAGGAGUGCUGCAGAAACUGUAACCAAGGGAGGCAUUAUGCUUCCAGAAAAAUCUCAAGGAAAAGUAUUGCAAGCAACAGUAGUAGCUGUUGGAUCCGGCUCUAAAGGAAAGGGCGGAGAGAUUCAACCAGUUAGCGUGAAAGUUGGAGAUAAAGUUCUUCUUCCAGAAUAUGGAGGCACCAAAGUAGUUAUAGAUGACAAGGACUAUUUCUUGUUUAGAGAUGGUGACAUUCUUGGAAAGUAUGUAGCUGCCUGUCAGUCGUCGGCUGUUCCUAUUUCCACCCCUCCCGCCAGCUGGCUCUUUCCGGACUCCUCCCUGUCCUCCCGCCGUGCCGCGCGCGGGCUACGGCUGUUGCGGCAGGCCGCCGCUCCCCAGCUCCGGGACCAGGAGAGCCGCUCCGCCCCGCCCCCUGCGCCGGCAGCCAUCCCCUACAUCCGGGGGGACUCUCGGUGCGGAGCCGUGCUAACCUGCAAGCUGGCUGCCCCUGAGAGGAGGUUGGGCCUGGGCGGCAGGCAGGCGGGCGGGGGCACUAGUGCCCGGCCUGCUCUUCCGGAGCCGCAGCCCCUCAGUCUGGCUGAGGCGGCGGCGGCCGCUCACCCGCGUCGAAGGGGCACAGCCGGCCAGGUGGAGACCCCUGGGAUUUCGUGUGGGUCGGGACUGCCAGGGUGGGAGGGCAUGGAAACACGCCUACUUCGUUCUGGCCUCCAGUUCCCACCUGGCUUGAGACAUACCUGCCCGGCUUCUGCCAUGCAGAUUUAUAUUCAACAGAACAUAAGAGCAGAUUGUUCCAAUAUUGACAAAAUUCUUGAACCACCUGAGGGCCAAGAUGAAGGUGUAUGGAAGUACGAACAUUUAAGGCAAUUCUGUCUUGAGCUAAAUGGACUUGCUGUCAAACUUCAGAGUGAAUGCCAUCCAGAUACAUGUACUCAGAUGACAGCAACUGAACAAUGGAUUUUUCUUUGUGCAGCUCAUAAAACUCCAAAAGAGUGUCCUGCUAUAGACUAUACUAGACACACACUUGAUGGUGCUGCAUGUCUUCUGAAUAGCAAUAAAUAUUUUCCCAGCAGGGUUAGCAUAAAGGAAUCAUCUGUAGCAAAACUAGGAUCAGUAUGCCGUAGGAUUUACAGAAUAUUUUCACAUGCUUAUUUUCAUCACCGUCAGAUAUUUGAUGAAUAUGAAAAUGAAACAUUUUUGUGUCAUCGGUUUACUAAAUUUGUGGUGAAAUAUAAUUUGAUGUCCAAGGAUAACCUGAUUGUACCCAUUUUAGAAGAGGAAGUUCAGAAUUCAGUUUCUGGGGAAAGUGAAGCAUGAAGGGAAUCAUAUAGAAAAAAUGUACUGAUCACAUAAUUAACAUUAAUUAUGUACUGUAUAUAUAUAUCAUUUUAGACACAUCAAUCAUGUAUCCAUAUUAUAGCCUCUUUGUUUAGUAUAGGUAGGUUUUUGUAUGCUGAGUGUUGCUUUUUAAAAUGGGAAAUACUUUUUAAGUUAUUCAUGAGCUAUAUAUUCACCGGUGUGGCACUCAUGGUUUUUACGUAAGAUUAGUAUUAUCUGUUUAUAAUGCCUGUUAAUAAAAGAAUUUACAGUUUGGUAAAAUUGCUGCUAAACAAUCAUUGGUUCACAAUCCUCAUCAAAUAAACCCAUCUAUAAAAUGAUGAGUAAACUUGAGGUUUCCCACAAGCCAUUUACUAAAGAAAUAGUAAUGUUUUCCUUUGGUUUUACCCCUGAGUUUAGAUAUUCUAGAAAAUUCUGUAGUACAUAGUUUAGUUUUAACUUUUCAAAACUGAGAUAAAUGUGUUUUAAAAUUCUGUUUAUAGUUUUUGAUAUACAUAUAUGAUUAUGUGUAUAUCCAAAUAUAAAUCAAAUGAAGCAUUAGUAAUACGUACAUAAUCUUAAUGCUACAUAAAGUAUAUUCUAGACCUGCAUACUUGGAAAGGAUUUAUGUUUCAGUGGACUGUUACAUACAAGAUGAUAAUAAUGAUAAAAUGUGUAAAUGAUGUUCCCACUGGAAACCUGCCCUGUCCUUCCCUUUCCCUCCUUUCCCUUAACUCCCUCCCCAAACACAUUAGCUUAGAAGCUUUUCACCAGACUUGGAUUUAGCGGUGACUUACACCUAUUUGUAUUGUAUUAAUUGCUUACAGAUUAUACCUCAUAUUAGCAAUUACACUACAGGAAAAAUGUAUUGGCCUAGGCUCUUGCUUAUCCUUGUUUUGCAAAAUUAUUCUAUUUGGAAAAUAGUCUUUAAAAUAGUUUGACUUUGUCUGUUAGUAAUAUUAAUCUUUUCAUCUAACCAUCAAGGCAGCAUUUAAAUAGAGUUGAAAAAUAUUGUAGUAUUUAUUUUAUGACCCCUCCCCACAAUGUUUAUGUUUGAAUUAUAUGCACAUGUGAGGUUUUUUGCAAUAAUUUACAGGUUCCAGGGUGUUGAUGAAUGGUCAUACAAUUUUUUGGACUUAGUAAUAAUUCAAUGUCUUAAGAAGGAUUCAGCUGCAGAUUUACAGUCUUAUAAUUUAUUGAAUGCAAUUUUAAACAAAGCACUGAGGUCUUUUGCUAAACUGGUUGUAAUGAGGCACUAAGAUAGAGUAAAAAAAUUGUACAGUAAUGAAGAAAAUAAAUCAAUUAAUAUCUUGAAGGGAGUUAAACAUGGGGAACUUUUUUUCAUUUAAAAAUUGUUCUUUUGAAAUGAAGGUGAAAAUAUAUUCAUCUUGAUUUGUUUUUUCAAAUUUGAGGAAAUAUUUUAUACUGUAUUAUGAGACAAGUAUGUACAGCAAAAAUGUGGGAAAUAGUAGCAUACAGAGAGUGUGUAUAUAUACUUAACGCCUUUCCAAGCCUGCCAGUAUAUUGGAUUUUGGAACAGUGUUGUCUGAACAGCCAGUCAUUACUUUGUCCCAACCCUCAGCUAUCUUUUAAGAAAUGUUAUGGUCCUAGUGAAAGGAAUGUUGACUUUAAAAUUAUGUAUUUAUAUUAAUGUCACUAUAAACCAGUGGGAGUAUUAAUUUUUAUGCAAACUUGCUAAAUAUUGAGAGGCUAAACUACUAAGUUAAUAAAUUAUGUGUAGCAAUGUAGCUGUUCUUUCUAUAUGGUAUCUCAAUGGAUUUCUGUUGCAGUGGCUGGGACUGGCAAUCUGGUUAAGUAUUUCGAAACACAUUUUGAAUGAUAUGGCUUGGUGUUAACAGGGAAAUAAAACAUGGUUUUUUUCUUACUCAUUC